GUACGCCGGUUGUCUGCGUCCGGAUGCACAGAAGUUGCGCAUCGUGUAGAUAUUACAUCGUCUGAAGGCACUGUAGCGCUGCUUCAUUAUACGCAGUUGCAAAAACUGCUAACUCCAUGCUAGUUAUCGCUGUUCGGGGGACCACUUUCUCGAGAAUAUAUCAUCUUUCCGCAGUCAUGAGCACUGCAGUGAAAGAGUCUUUUCUCGUCGAGGAAAGUGAUGCUGGUUGUGGAGUGAAAAGAAAAGCCGAAGAACCUGUCACUGGCUUGGACAUAAAAAAGAUUAGGCAAGGGCAAAAAGAGUUGCGGCCCGGCUUUGGCAGCGAUAGAUUUGACGAGACAGAAUACUACUUUCAACAUGGUCUGCGGAAAGUGUACCCUUACUAUUUCACCUACACAACAUUCUGCAAGGGGCGCUGGGUAGGACACCUUCUUGUCGAUGUUUUUACCAGGGAGUUCAGAGCUCAUUCAAGAGAAGUCUAUGAAAAUGCUAUAAAAGCUGGCCUUGUAACGGUGAACAAUAAGCCUGUAGGAACGGACUAUCGUCUUAAAGACAAUGACCUUCUGGCCAACACGUUGCACAGGCAUGAAGUUCCCGUUCUUGGAGCACCCAUAAAGAUACUUCAUGAUGCUGAUGACAUGGUUGUCAUUGAUAAACCACCAUCUAUACCUGUUCAUCCAUGUGGACGGUAUCGUCACAACUCUGUUAUUUUCAUCCUGGCCAAGGAACAUGGCUUACAGAAUUUGCAUACUGUACACAGGCUGGACAGGCUCACAUCUGGAUUGCUGCUUAUGAGCCGUUCAGUGGACAGAGCCCGGGAGCUGGAGAACGAGAUCAAGGGCCGGCUGGUAUCCAAGGAGUACUUGUGUCGAGUUGAAGGCUGCUUUCCAGAUGAAACUGUGAUCUGCUGUGAACCCAUCGAGGUCAUCUCUCACAAGAUUGGAGUCUGCGGUGUGGGCGCCCAUGGGAAGGAGUGCAAGACAGAGUUCAAGAAGCUUAGUUACAAUGGAAAGUCCAGUGUGGUCCUGUGCAAGCCACACACAGGCCGCAUGCAUCAAAUCCGUGUGCACCUCCAGUUUUUAGGUUACCCAAUUGUUAAUGAUCCACUCUACAAUCACACAGUUUUUGGGUCUCAAAAAGCUAAAGGUGGCCUUACAGAGAAAACAAAAGAACAGUUGGUGGAGGACCUUUUGGAAGUACAUAAUCUUAAAAAAUGGCUCGGCCCAGAAAUGGACUUGACUCCAGAUGGCUGUUUGCCAGAAGAUGAGCAUCACGGCAGUGGUGACACAAUGGCUAGAUCUGCACUCCUUGAGGAGCCUGCCACCAACCAUUUCCCAGGAAGCCUAAAUCAUUACUUGGAAGGCACUGAAUCAGUGAGCUUUCGUGCAAUGAUGAAGAAGCAAGCUUUUGACAAAGUGAAAUUUGUGCGUCGCCAUGAAUGCUUGGAGUGUCGUUGCAAAUACAAAGACCCUGAGCCAAAGGAUCUUCUGAUAUAUCUGCACUGCCUACGCUACAAGGGAUCCAACUGGGUGUAUGAAGCUGAAUGGCCAUCGUGGGCAAAAGAUAACUGGACUGAUGACUGAUAAAAG